AUGAAGAACAAGCCCGACUUGGAGGGUGACAUCUCCUACAUCAAGACGCCCAAGGCGGCGCCGUCUGCCUUCGAGGCGGCUGAUUGCGGCAUCCGCGUCACUCACUCCCCGACGAUCCACAACGCUCCGCUGCCGGCCGAGGGCGCCGGGAGCGAGAGCUUCUCCAACAUUGUCCUGGGAGUCCUCCUGGUGGGCGUGCCGUACUUUCUGAGCCGCUGCGUGGGCGGUGGCCUCAAGACGACAGUCUUUUUCGGGGUCCUGACGCUCUUCCCCGUCCUCAUCGCCUACUGGACCUACACGUCCAACUUUAGCCCGCGCAUCAACGAGCGUGUCAAGCUGCCUGGCCGCCCGGUCGAGUCGUACGUGACCUUUAGGGAUGCCGCCGACAAGGCCAGGUGGAGCGGAGCCAACAAGGUGCCCAUCCAGACCUUUUCCGAAAUGUACAUUGACGGCAGGGCCGGUUUCAGGGGCGAUGUCUUGGACGUGCUCGAGUACCGCCACGACUGGUCCAAGUUCAGCUUCACCUGGGAUCUCUUCAAGUACAUCCUGCUCACAUUUGGCCCCGACGUCCUCUUCCACACAAAGGACCAGGACAUGGAGCAGAUCCGCCCCAACUACGACUCCGGAAACGACCACUACGCCUGGUUCCUCGGCCCCCGCAUGAUCUACACCAGCGGCAUCGUCUCCGACCCAGCGCGCGAGGAGACGCUCGAGGAGCUGCAGGACAACAAAAUGGCCAUUGUCUGCGAGAAGCUGGAGCUCAAGCAGGGCGAGACUCUGCUGGACAUUGGCUCGGGCUGGGGCACGCUGGCCAAGUUUGCCAGCGUGAACUACGGAGCAAGCGUCACGGGCAUCACCAUUGCCGAGAACGGGGCCGCCUGGGGCAACGACGUCCUCCGAAGCGCCGGCGUCCCUGAAGAGCAGAGCCGAAUUCUCUGCAUGGACUACCGCGACGCCCCCAGGAAAAAGUACAACAAGAUCUCGCAGCUGGAGAUGGGCGAACACGUCGGCGUCCGCAAGCUCACCGCCUUUUUCCGCCAGUGCUACGACAUGCUCGAGGACGACGGCGCCAUGUACGUCCAGCUCUCCGGCCUCCGCCAGGCCUGGCAGUACGAGGACUUUAUCUGGGGCCUGUUCCUCAACAAGUACAUCUUCCGCGGUGCCGAUGCCUCGACGCCUCUGUGGAACUACGUCCGGUCUCUCGAGAGCGCCGGUUUCGAGAUAAAGAGGUUCGUGAAGCCCCACUUGGCAAACAUUGCCGAUGCUCAAGGUCUGACCAAAUGCAGCGUCGACACCGUUGGCGUGCACUACUCUGCCACUCUCUGGCGUUGGUACCGCAACUGGGUAGGAAACGCCGAUGCCAUCAACGCCAAGUACGGCCAACGCUGGUACCGGAUCUGGGAGCUUUUCCUCGCUUGGUCCGUCAUUGCCUCUCGCCAGGGAAGCGCCACGUGCUUCCAGAUCCUCGUUGUCAAGAACCUCAACUCGGUCCACCGCAUCGACGGUGUGGGAUCGCAAUUCGGCCUAUCUGGAGCCCUGGCCGCCAGUCGUGCAGCUGGCAAGGCAUCUCUUCCCAAGUAG